UCAAACAAACAAGACAGUUAAGACUCCCAAAUCUCAGCCUAAGCAACUCCACAGUCUCUCUCUCCUCUCCCGCCGGCAUACCAACACUAGCAUUUCCGGCACUCUCUCUCUAGGAACCUCACUUUCUCUCUCUAACCUCUUACACUUCCUCACUAUAUCCACACUUUACUCACACAAAAUUUCUUCCUCUUUCUCUCUAAAUUUGACUUGAACAGUCUUAGGUUGUGUUUUUGGGGAAAAUUAGGGUUUGAGAGUGAGAUGUGAGUGUUGUGUAGUAUAAUGGUGGGUACUGUGUGUGCUUCACUGAACCCUAGGGUCUCUGGAUCUCGCACGAACCCCAAAAGGUCUCCUCUGUUGCGUUCCGAGGUCGACAAUGGCGUCGCUGGCAAUAGGAGACCUAAGUCGCGAGAACUCGCCUCUAUGUACAUGUCUUCUACUUCAACGACUUCGACCACUUCGUCUUCGGCCACCUCUUCAAAUUCCUCUUCUUCGAGGCGGUACCAGUCGCCGCUUGCUUCGAGAACGGUCACAGCGACGCCGCCGCAUUCUGCAAUCAAGCGGUCGCAGUCCGCGGAGCGGAGGCGGCUAAUCACGUCUCGGCCUAAUACACCGUGCAAAGCCGGCGAGGUUUCAGCAGCGACGACGAAGCUAUUGGGCACUACGACUAGGAGUUUGUCGGUUUCGUUUCAAGGAGAGUCGUUUUCGCUUUCUGUUAGUAAAGUGAAGCCGGUGCAUUCGGUGAAUAGUUUGGGUAAUGUGAGGAAAGGUACGCCGGAGAGGAGGAAGGUGGGGACGCCAGUGAGGGAUCAGACGGAGAAUUCGAACCCUGUUGAUCGGCAUCGGUGGCCGGGGAGGUUGCGGGAAGUGAAUUCUCUGAGUAGGAGUUUGGAUUGUACUGAUGAGAAGAAGAAAUUGGGUAGAUCUGGGACUGGGAGUGUAGUUAGGGCAUUGCAACAAUCCAUGAUUGAUGAGAGUAGGAAACAUUCAAUUGGUGGUAUAUUGAACUCAACUCAGCUUAUUGUUGAUGCAAAUUCAGAUAUUAAAUCUGAUGCAACAAUCGAUUGUGUCCCUUCUGAUAGGGGAAGUGUUUCUUCUGAGAGCACUUCAGGUGUAGAGGAGUGUGUAAGUGUUGCUAAAUUGCGGGAAGGACCACGUAGUGUUGUGGUGCCGGCGAGGUUUAGGCAAGAAACCAGUAACAGGUUGUGGCGUUUGCCGGAGCAAGAAUCUCCAGUAUCAGAGAACAAUGGAUUUAAAACGGUGGUUACACCAAAGCUAAUUGCCAGCCAGAAACUAUUAAAUGAUGGUCCUUUAUCAUCACCCCGAGGACGGUCGUCUCCUCCUCGGAGAGCACUUCAUUCAGCUUCCUCAUGUAAGCCAAUGGCAUUUUCGACGUCUUCUCCUUCUAGGAGGAAUCCCAGUCCGUCUCAAGUAAGGAAUGGCGUGGCGAGCACAUUGCGUAAAAGCUUGAGCAACACACCAUCUAUGCUCUGUUUUGCUGCUGAUAUUAGGAGAGGGAAGAUGGGAGAGAACCGACUUGCUGAUUUACACCUAUUAAAGCUUUUUUAUAACCGGCAAUUGCAGUGGCGAUUUGUAAAUGCUAGAACAGAUACUUCCCUGUUGGUCCAGAGGGUGAUUGCUGAGAAAAGCCUUUAUAAUGCAUGGGUAACUAUCUCAAAAUUGCGGUAUUCUGUCAAGUGCAAAAGACUGGAGUUACAUUUGCUGAAGCAGAACUUGAAGCUGUAUUCCAUCCUUAAGGGACAAGUGCUAUAUUUGGAUGGUUGGGAUCUUAUUGACAGGGAUCACUCCUGUUCAUUAUCAGGGGCCAUCGAAGCUUUGGAGGCGAGCACUCUCCGCCUUCCAGUGGUUGGUGGGGCAAAAGUAGAUAUUCAGAACAUGAAAGAUGCUAUCUGUUCAGCAGCUGAUGUGAUGCAGGCAAUGGCAUCCUUGAUACGCUUUUUGCUGCCAAAGGAUCGAGAUUACUUGAGCUUCUUGUCUCAGUCACAACCAACUGACCAGGACCUUGAACCAUGCAAAAUGUUCCCUCCAUCGAAAUAGCAAUAUGAGAGAUUUAGAAUGAAACUCUGGUAUUGGAAAAUCUUAAUUGUCUUUGAUUAUUGAUUUGAUCAUCAAGCGGGGCCUGCAUCUUCAUUAAUGUCAGCAUUUGAGUUCAUAAGAUCAUCAGUUGGUAACAGCGAUAUCAUCAUUUCCUGUAAAAGCACUCGUGGGUUUUUGCUAAUUGGAUAUUGCUCAAGGGACAAUACUUGGCUUCUAGCUGGAUAUUUCGAACCUUCUCCUACCCAAACAACGCAUUUAACUAGGAGCUACCCCAUGCGUCUAUUUAGGUAUUAUUCUACCCAAACAAUGCAUUUAACUAGGAGCUACACCAUGCGUCUAUUUAGGUAUGAUUCUCGUGUAAAUUCAUUUUGAAGGGUUACUCCUAUGUCAUAUCUUUCAUUUUGAGGGGAAAAAGAAAGAAAGAAAAGGAAAAAAUACUGAAUAGUUUCUUGACUUAUGCCUGAAAACUGCUACCAUAGCUCCAACGACUUUAUGCUGACAAGCAGGAGAGCUGCUUCUUAAUUUCAACCAAUUUCUUCUCGAUGGCUAUCAUGUUAUGCUACUGGCAAUUUCAGACCAUCAUGCCACUGUAAUUUUCAUUGUCAUACCUCUCUAAUUCCAUCACUCCCUGACUCUCUCUCUCUCUCCAUAUAUAUAUAUAUUUGUAUGUAUAUCAAUUGUGUUGGUUUUUUAUGGUAUAAUCAUGAAUCAUUUAGUUUCAAUAUUGUUCUACUCUAUAGAAUGUACCACAGUCCCUAUUCGUGGGGGUCAUACUUGCAAAUUAGACCUGGCAAUUUGGGAGAUUUGUCAACACCAAAAAGAAUGUACCACAGUCCCUAUUCGUGGGGGUUACACUUGCAAAUUAGACCUGGCAAUUUGGGAGAUUUGUCAACACCAAAAAGCCAAGUCAAUUGCAUCAGCACCUGUUUUAUUUUAUUUUAUUUUAUUUAUUUAUUAUUAUUAUUUUUUUAUGGCUACUUGGCUAGUAUGAAUUUGCAGGUUGAAGUGUUCGGAUAGAAAACAUCUAGCGUUUAAGGGUUGCAUUGUGAAACUCAUGUAACCCAUCAAUUCUUCUUCAGUAGUAUCCUUUUCUUCGCUUUUAUUUUGAAAAACUUAGAGAACUAUUUGUUAGUACAGGUUGGAGGCCCCAAAAGUUUGAAUAGUCCAUUGGAUAUUUUACACAGCAUUUUGAUGUAGAAUUUCAUCUUAGAUGGUGCAAUUAGGAAAAGGGGUAGCUAACUGGUGAAGUUUCCAAUUUUCCUUGAUGGUCCCAUUUAAAGGUGAUAUUGUACUUCAAAUGCUAAAGGAAAUGUGACGGAGCCAAACAAUUCUAAGUGGACAUGGAAACCACCCUUACUGUUCUGAGUCAUUUGUCAAAACUUUUAUAUGAUUUUCUCCACCCUUUUCCAAUCUUCUAGCCUAGACUGCAUCUGUAGAGUGUCUUUUUCCCUAAAAGACAUCUAUUAAUCUGGAGUCCGAACUGUUUCCUUGGGCAAAAAAGCUGUGUUUAACGAUCACAAGUUAUAUGAUCAGGAAUGGUUGUACUAGCUUGUUGCAAUACGUUAUGGAUAUCCAGGAAAUUGUUCAGUGCUAAGGAUCGUCUUCCAGGGAAGAGAUUGACCAUGUUUUGUGUUUUGUAGAGAUAUUUUUCUACUUUUUUGAUCUCCACACAUGCUUGCUUCUGCCUUCUACUGAGUGCAUGAUAUGGCUCAAAAUGCCGCUAAUGGCAUAUUUGGCUGCUCCUGAAUGGCAGAAGCACCAUGUGGCUCUAAUUGUCAUUGCCAUUUGACAUGAAUAUUUCUCACCUGGAUUAUUAACUGUGGCACAACUACUCAUAUAUUUCGAAUUUAAGUAGUAUUUCUUAGAGCAGUCAGUUUCGUAACUGGCAUUCUUACUUGGUGUGGUGUUCAUCCAUUUCCAAUUGUUGUCCCUUUCCUUACCUGGCUUGUAUGAGUCUUAUUGUCUUUUAACUUGAAUUUGAAACCCGCAAACUGCUGGCAGCCUUGAAUCUUCUGUCCUUAGGCUAAUCGAAAUUCCUCCUAUUAUAGUUCUCUAUUCAACUCGUGUGGGUUACUGACUUCCUGCACCCAGCAAAUUGUGAGCACGUCUUUCUUUUUCCCCCUUGGAUCUGGGAAAACUGAAUUAUGAGUGAAUGUACAAACUUCUCAAACUACUUAUGUAUUCAGAUUGCACGAGCAUCAAAUAAAUAUUAAUCUAAAAUUGCAAAUGAUAUGCAUUGUGUAUUUGUCACUCUUAAAAUUGAUAAAAUUUAGUAAAGUUAAACCGUGAUCCAAGUGAUUUGCUUUCAUUUUCUGGCGUUCCUUUAUGUUCUGUUAAUUUGAUUAUAGAAAAUAAAGUAACUCAUCACUUAAAGAGCAUACUAUUCCUAGAUUUUAGAUUUCUAAUGUGUUAAUAGAGUAUAAUACCUUUUUGUAUUUGUAUGGUUAGGUCCUGUGAUAAAAUUACAUUAGAGAAAUUCUUUCACUAUUAUGUAUUUCAUAAAAGUCCAUUGUGUUGCCAGUUUUUUGAUACUUUGUUUUUUGAUUUUCUCUUUUCCAAUAUUAGAGACUUUCACUAUUAUGUACUAAUUCUUAUUAUAUAAAGUUGUAGUGCAGCCUUUUUUUGUUAUUAUUGAUGAAAAUGAUUAGUUUGAAAGUUUAUAGUUAGAAUUCCGUUGUUGACUGUGUGCACAAAUCUUAGUCUCAAAAUACUCCUCCUAUCUUUAUUGUCGGUGCAAGUCCUUUUCACAAUGCAUCAAUGUGCUAAAUUACCAUGACCAUAUUAUCUUCAUUUUAACUUCAUAUUUGACGUCAUUAUGUGUUGGGCUUUUAUUAAAUGA